GUAAUGUCAGACAACUCUUUAGAUAAUUUUGUUGAAGUUAAGGACGACGACCUUGAUAAGAGGAUCAGAGCUCGAGCCGCUGCUCUCAGGAAGGAAUCUGAGUCAAAAUUCAGAGAGAGCAACAACAGCUCAAUUGGUAGUCUAAACGAUGAAGACGAUUUGCAGAAGCUAGUAAAACAGCAUGUAAACAUCGGGUUUGCUGAGAGACAAGAUAUCAGUCAGAUAAACAUGCAGAGAGAAGACGACGAUGACCCAGAAGAAUUCCAGGAAAUUCUCACUGAAUUUCCUGAAGAGUUUGAAGAGGAUAGCUUAAACAUCAUCAAGGAUGAGGAUGAUCACAAGAUCGAGGAGCUCAAGAACGAGCAUGAACGCACACUUGACUCGUACAACAGGGGGAUGAAGAAGGCUAAUCAAUUGAGUAUUACUGGGUAUAGUAAUUAUUCUGAUCUUAACAAUUCGAAGAAUACAGAGCAAGAGCAUAAGAAUAACACUGUGCUAUUCGGCAAUAAUUUUGUUAAUAUCUCCAAAGGCGGCUCUGAAGGGAAUUCUCUAGUUAAGAAUAAGUCCAAAGAUGAAGGACUCGAGCAGAAGUCGCCCAAUGUGUCCUUGAGGGGAGAUAGUAAGGAGGGAGGCGAGUUUUCGAUGAAAAGACAGAUUGAAGAUUUUAUUAUUGGAUUUGAGAGGACUACAAGCGCUUGUAAACAGGCUGAGGUGAACCACAGAGAUGACCAAAUCAUUCUUGAUAAAAUUCCAGAGGAAAAUUCCGAACAAAAUGAGGCAGGUAAGACUUCUAGUCAACGGGACUCGGUCAAGAACGAAGAAUACGAAGAAAAUUCUCUAUUCUCUUCAGUAAUGUCCAUGAAUGGGGAGAUCCGUAUAGAGGAUGACGCUACUAAUAACAGAGUCUCAAUGGUGAACAAGGAAUGGGAUAACAUAGUCAGGGAGGUUUCGAGUAAUAACCCUCAGAACCAGCCUCUUGGCCUGACCGCACAGAGAUCGACCCCUUUGGCCAAUGGUAACCAUCAGAAGACAACACAUCUGAGGGAUAAUGACUCUAGAAAGUAUAUGAGAAACCAUCCGUUGGAGGUUGGCCAUACUGACCCCAGAUACAAGGAUAUUCACUCUAAGACUAUCCUCCAGUCUUCAGAUUUCUCAGAAAUUGAGUCUGAGAAGGAAAGAGAGGAGGCUAAAAAUAUUGUCAAGAUUGAAAUCAUCAUUAUCAUGCUCAGGAAUAGGAACUUACAUAAGAACAUGAUCAGUGAUUUCGAGCAGAACAGAUGCAGGAUUUACCUACUAAAUAUCCUGAAAAAGGAUCCUGACUGUGAAGAGGCUCAUUAUGGUAUCUCACAGAUAUACUUCUCCCUAGGAAUUCAUAAUAAAGCUCUGGAGCAUAUAAAGAAAGCGUUGACAAGUAACCCUCGGGAGCCUCAGUAUCUAUGCCUCAAGGCAUUGUAUCUUUACACGAUUAUGCAAUGAAAUGAGAAGGAGGAUUCUUACGAAGAAUACUUUAAAGAAUGAGAGAAUACAUGUCUGAAGACAUUGAAAUACGACCAGAAUAAUCUCACGGCUCUGUAUAUCCUUCUUGUGCUCAGCUGUGAAGCACGAGAUCGAGCUAACAAGGCUAAAGAUAUCUGUGUUUCCCCUGAGAAACCUGCAGAAGAGUAUGCCGUCAGGAUUAAGGAAAUCAGUGAUUAUUUGGGAUACAUCGCUUGGUCGGAGAUCUAUAUAUGAGCUGGGAAAGUAACUGACGCAGAGGAGGUCCUGGAAGAUUUAUGCUACACUUUCCCAACAUUUCCACAUGCCUUCUUAAAGCUGUGGGAUCACAGAUUUGGAAAAGAGGAUUAUAUCAAGAGCAUAGAGCCUAUAGAGGAUAUUUUUCUGAGAAUUGCAGAUUUUCAUACAAUUCCUGAGAUAAGAAUCGCAAUAGUUCCUCUUAUGUAUGCCAAAACUUUGAUGAAGCUAAACCAAUAUGUAUAUGCCUUCGAACUACUACAGAAUGAGUUCUGCAAAAGACCAGUUUACACUGUAUUUCUGUACUUCCUUGGGAAAUUUGCAUUAUCGAGCGGGGAGAAGCGGUUUAAAGGGACUGCAAUUGGAAUUCUUCAGGAGUGAAUGAGAUCAUGUGUUAGCCAAAGAAAAGCUAAAAUUCUAUACUACCUAGGGAACGCUUACAAGGAUAGAAACCAGCCUAUGAAAGCUUUUGAUUACUAUGAGCAAAGUAUCGAAUAUUUUAGGAACAAGAACUAUACUUAUGGUUCUUGAAACCCUGAAAUCAUGAAAGAGAUGAAGUCAUUCAUGAAGGAUUUCUACGAGCUCAGCCAAUUGAGACAUUUGAUCGAAAACUCUGCUUUCAAGAUCAAAAGACAAAGGAAGACAAAGAAGAAUUAUAAGGUUCCUCAAGACGAAGUGGAAAAGCUAAGGUCUGCUUCUAAGAAGAUAGCGAGAGAUGACAAGUGCGAGGGAUGGAUGCUCAGAGGAAAAAUUAUUACAGAGAUAGAGGAUAACCAAAACGAAGCUGUAAAGUACUUCAUGGCCAUGAUCGAGAAAGUUCCCUACAACAUUCAAGGGUACAUUCAGUUUUUCAAGUUUUUAAAACAAAGGAAUUUGAAAGGCAAGCUAGAUUAUGUAACUUCAAAGAUGAUGAAGAAUAUCGAGAACCCAAGUGUACCUACUGAUGACUGGGUCGAAGCACAUAUGGUUAGAGCUGAAUCCUUGGUGAUUUUGAAGAAAUACUCUAAAGCUAUUUCAGUGCUCGAGAAAUUGGUAUAUAUCAUCCCACCUCUGCCUAUACCAGGGUUAAAGUAUUUAGCUAAGCUAGAGAAGAAGCAGUCAUCGAAAGGAUCUCCUAAGAAUGAAGAGGGGGAUAUCAAAAUCAGCUAUGGCAAUAUUGAAGCUACUGGGAAAGAAGAGACAAAGAUGGCUACCACCAUGAAUCUCCCUUCCAAGCAGUCUAACAUACAGGAAGAAGAGGAAAAGGGUGAAAUUACUAUCAAUGUCGUUCCUUGCGAGGAGCCACAGAGGGACAUGAAAAAUAAUGAGCUUAAUUUCACUGAAAGGAGCAAGAAUGCAGGCUAUCGGAAUGCUAGACCAUUUUCAUCAAGUCUGUUCUUCUCGGCUAAUAGAGGAAAUGCUGGGAGUCGUUUCGAAGGAUCCAUCUUUGGAACAGAAGUUCAUAGAGAAUCAAUGAUGAGUCGAAAGUCAGAUAUAUAUCACUUCGACAUCGAAAAUUUCAGUGUAUCUACUGAGCUCAAGUUUUUGUAUGAAAUAGGAAAAAUUUGAGCAGAUUCAGGCAUUCAGCCAGAGAAUGGAAUAGAAGCUUUGCUAGAUUUUAUCAAAAUUUUGAAUUAUUACAAGGAUGACAUGGAACAGAUGAUUUUUAAGAAAAUGUUUUGAGACUCAAAUUUGAAACUUGCUAAGAACUAUAUUUACACAGAUCAAAGAGGUAAAGCUAAAGAAAUAGCAGAAUCAAUUUAUGAUGAAGCUGUCAAGCUAGAUAGCCGGAAAGACAGAAAUAUUGGAGGAAAUAACGAAGGAUACUCCUCAAAAGAGCAUAAAUCUUCACAGAAGCCCUCUUCACAAGGAAGUUACAGAGCCGAACUUGACUACAUCCUAGAUUUGUAAUAAUAGAUGAUUUUAUGGUAUUUCAAUAU